AUGGUUUUAAUUUAUAGGUAAUAGAUAAAUUAAAUUAAAAAGGUUGUUUGGAUAUAAUAGAUCAUAAAGUAGCUAGCAAAUGAACAAGUUAAGGAUGUAGAGAAACAAAUUAAAUAUAAUUUUAAAUAAUAAUUAAUAAAAUAAAUAAUCCAAUUUACAUAUAUUAGACUAAUUUCUGUUACUUCAGCCUGUACAGGAUUAGUUAAUCGACCUACUAAAGCUUUGCUUGUGCUUUAAUUACAGGAGAAGUAUGUGGAUAUGAUAAAACAUAGAUUAAUCGUACAACAAGUAUAACAACCACUGCAAAGAGUGUUUUAAGUGGAAAUGCAUGAGCUUUUAUAGAGCCAGAAGGUAAUUAAAUCUUCUAUUGUGAUUUAAUAAGUUUGUAAUAUAAGUUUUGUAGCAACUUAAUCAAAUAAAUUUAUUUCUAAUAAAUCUGCUAAAGCUGUUGUUAAAAAUCUGCUGGAGAAUCUUGUGAACUUAUUAGUUGUUCAUGUACUUCUUUAACUUAGAUUUUAAAGUAGAUAAAUAUACGAUUUAUACAACAAUGUGAAUGCCAUUGUUUGUGCAAAAAUAAAGAAUAUAGUUAUAAUAAAAUUCUCAUUAGUGUGUUAUAAUUAUAUCUUAGUGUGCUGAAUGCUAUAUUGGAUAAAAAGAAUAAAAUUGUUUUUUAAAGAAGAGUUGCUAAUUUAAUGAAUUUGAUUAAGUUAAUAAAGAAAAUACUUAGGUUGAAAAACCUUUAUACUAAUGUAAUAAGGUAGAUAGUUCAUACUAAUAUGCCACAACUGGUGAUGGUUGUUUGUAAGUGCAAUGUUGGUUUGUUUAGGAUAUAGUUUAACUACUUUUGUUAAUUGCUUAAGAUAAAGAGUGUUUAUAAUAUAAUAAUCCAAAUUUAGUUCAUAUUUAUGUAGAGGUGUUUGGGCAUUUGAAAAAAUAAAAUAUGUGCAUAAAAUGA